GCGACCUCUCACCCGCUACAAGAACACAAUGUACCUGAACCUAUACGAGGACCACUUCAGCUACAUUAGGGACUUUAAGAAGUACGCCAAAUCGUACGGCUGCCCAACGUGCGGGAGGAAAUUCAAGCGCGCCUACAACUUGCGGUAUCACAAGACAAGCUGCACCGGGGCCGUAAAGUUCGACUAUCCCCGCCGGGCGUACAACGGCAGGCAAACCAUUUUUGAACAACUGGACGACGUCGGUAUCCACGUGAAUCGAGAAGACCGUUUCUAUCCUUACCGGGCGACGUACGACAUCGAGUGUCUCCUGAAGCCUCUGUCCGAUCAAAACACGGACAAGAUGACGUGGGAGGCCGUGCACGAACUGUUGAGCGUAAGUGUCUGCUCCAACGUACCAGGUUUCACGACGCCUAAAUGCUUCGUCUCCGAGGGUGACCCGGCCGUUGUUGCAAACAAGAUGUUGGAGUAUCUACAGAAGAUGAGUGAGGCGGCCUAUGAGGAGUUGAAAGGGCAUUUUGCCGACGUCUUUGAACAGAUAAAGGCACUGUACCCGGAUUAUGAUGGAUCCUCCGUAACGUCAGAAGAACACGACGAUAAUUCCACGACGAGAGAAGAGGGAAAUGAUCAAGACGGGGAGAGUGACGGGAAAAAGCAAGAGAAAAGAACUUUGAUCAGGAAGUUGAUCGGUCGGCUCCACCAUCACCUACGCCAGUUACCCGUCAUCGGUUUCAACUCUGGGAAGUACGAUGUGAACGCCAUGAAGAAGGUAUUUCUACCCCACCUGUACACACAACAAGAGAACCUACGACCCAUCAAGAAGGACAACAGCUUCAUGUCCAUCGAGACGGAUCAUCUGAAGUUCCUGGAUCUGGUCAACUAUGUGGCGCCCGGGUUCUCCUACCCCCACCUGCUCAAGGCGUACGAGUGCCAUGAGACUAAAGGCUUCUUUCCGUACGAAUGGAUGGACGACCUGAGAAAAUUGGACCACGCACAACUUCCACCUGCCGAAGCCUUCUACAGCAGGUUGCGCGGGACACACAUUUCCCCAGACGACUACGCCUACUGUCAGAAGGUCUGGGAAGAAUGCGACAUGAAGACCAUGAAGGACUUUCUGAUAUGGUACAACAACAAGGACGUCGUCCCCAUGCUGGAGGCGAUUCAGAAGAUGGUCGACUUCUACAAAGACCUGGGGAUCGACAUGCUGAAGGACGGCAUCAGCGUCCCUGGCCUGACACUGAAGUAUCUCUUCAUGAACCUAAAAUCUAAUGAAUAUUUCACACUAGUAGGUAACGAAGAAGUGUACAAAUUGUUCAAACAAAACAUUGUAGGGGGGCCGAGUAUCAUUUUUCAUAGACAUCACCAGAAGGGUAAGACGUAUAUUCGACAGAAAGAGAUGACAGAUAGUGGUAAACAGCCAAAGCUCUGUCAGAAGGUGAUUGGCUUCGAUGCCAACGCCUUGUAUCUAUGGGCGCUGAUGCAAGAUAUGCCUACUGGGUAUUACAUUCGCCGGCAGGCAGAUAAAGAGUUUAGGGAAGCUUAUUCCGCCCCUCGCCGUGGCCGCUUGGCUACCGAAUGGUUAGACUGGGUAGCGCACAGUCGUGACAUUGUCAUCCGGAACAAAUUUAACAGUAUCGAAAAACGUAUCGGUCGUCGCCAAGUUCCUGUAGAUGGCUUCUGUUCCGCCACCGGAGAAAUUUUUCAAUUUCAUGGGUGCUUCUGGCACGGCCACGACUGCUGUCUGACCGAGGGUCUUGAUACCAAUCCAAGACGACAGAAGCCUAUGGCCGAAUCACGGGAAGAAGCAAAAGAAAUGACCGAGUAUUUGCGAGGGGAGGGGUACAAUGUGAUUGAAAUGUGGGAGUGUCAGUGGAAAGAACUUAAGCGCACUAAGGAGGUUUGUGCCUUUUUGGAUGGGCGCAAAACUCCCACCGAAAACAGCUACAAAAUGUCAGAAAAGAAAAUCCUCCUGGACGUCCGCAAAGAUGCAUUCUUCGGCGUAGUCGAGUGUGACAUCGAAGUCCCUGAACAUCUCAGGGCACAUUUUGCAGAAAUGCCCCCGAUAUUUAAGAACUGCGAUAUUUCCAUCGACGACAUCGGGCCCUUCAUGAAACAGCACGCCGAAACGCAUGGCAUAAUGUCGAAACCCAGGCGAUCGCUCAUCGGUAGCAUGUUCGGUCAGAAGAUUCUACUUGCGACACCUUUACUCAAAUGGUAUAUGGAUCACGGUUUAAAAGUCACCCGUGUCUAUCAAGUACUAGAAUACAUCCCCAAAAAGUGUUUUGAACCAUUUGGCCAAAAAGUCAGUGACGCUCGUCGUGCCGGCGACAAAGACGACAAGAAGAAAAUUAUCGCCGACACCAUGAAGCUAAUCGGUAAUUCUGCUUAUGGUAAGACGGUCACUAACAAAGAGAAACAGUCUGACGUAUGCUACUGCAACAGUGCCGUCGCCGCCACUCAAAAGAUCAAUUCUCCCUGUUUCAAAAAGGUUUCCGAGGUGGUGGAUGGUUUCUAUGAAAUCGAAACGGGCAAGCGCACGAUCAAAUUUGACUUGCCACUUCAAAUUGGUUUCUUCGUCUACCAGUAUGCGAAACUGCGUAUGUUGCAGUUUUAUUUCGACUUUAUGCUUGAGUUUGUAGACGUGUCUGAUUUCCAAUAUUGUGAGAUGGACACGGACUCGGCUUACAUCGCUAUCUCUGCGGACAGUCUGGAGGAUGUCAUCAAACCCCACAUGUGGGAGAGGUACGAAAACGAGAAACACCUCUGGUUCCCUCGCACUGACGACCCCGAACACGCGGCUUACGACAAGCGCACUCCCGGUCUGUUCAAGGAAGAAUGGUCGGGGGAUGCGAUUGUCGGGCUGUGCUCAAAAACUUAUUAUUGCUUUGGUGGGGACGACAAAACGAAAGACAAAUUCAGUUGUAAGGGAGUAAGUAAAAGAGACAAUGACAUCACUCUCCAAAAGUACCUGCAAGUUUUGGAGACUCAGAAAAGUGGUCAGGGCGUGAACCGGGGUUUCCGUGUUAGGGACAAUCAAAUGUUGACUUAUACACAGACACGGGACGCGUUUUCCUACUUCUAUCCAAAACGUCAAGUUCAGGAUGACGGUGUCACAACCCUACCCUUAGAUAUCUAGUGUAUUCAUGUGUAUAUUCAAUACGUAUAUAUCUAUCCUUAGAUAGUCAAGUCAAGUCAAUCUUUAUUGCACAACAAUUGUAACGGGUACAGUGUAUGGCAAACUCUUCAG